GGUGGUGGUGGAUGUGUCGGCGGAUCAGCCGCUGAGUCGAGUGUCGGCCCGAUCAGCCGCUGAGUCGAGUGGCGGCCCGCAGCUCGCUCUUCUUCCUGUGCCUUGAGUGACGGAGCGAUCCUGAUCGGGGUCAAUCCGGACGAUGGCGGUGGCGACGGUCCCUGUUUGGUGCCCACUACUGGCCUAGCUGUGGCCAGCACAGAGGCAGUGCUACCUCUGGCCAUGACAACGGAGACUCUUCGUGAGAGCCAGACUGAGAGCCAGACAUGGUAGAAGUCUUCAAAAUUGUCAAGGGCUUUGAUGUGGUGAAUGCUGGUGGGAAGUUUCUUCAAAUGGACGCUGGGCAACGCAGCGACAGGACUCGCGGUCACUCGCUUAAACUCGCCAAGCCAAGACACAGAACCCUCAAGAGAACCAUGUUCUUCUCAUCACGAGUUGUUGACCACUGGAAUAGUUUGCAUCAAGAAGUGGUAGAAAGUCCCAUUAUCAGUUCGUUCAAAAACAGAUACGACCAAUGCAUGAAUAGACAGUGAGAGAGGCAGCAUCCUAUGAGCCCAGCUCCCUUGCCUCUUAUCCUACAUUCUAGGUAAGAACUGUUUCGUGCUUGUCGCCGCUGCGGGCCGCCAGCCGACGGACAAGCUCCUUCAUGAGACCGAAGGCCGCCAGACCCAAGACACCAGACGUUUCGACUGCGAAAGGGACGAGGGCGUAUCGCUCUCUCAUGGACAGCAUGAUCAUUUUUUCUGCAAAGCUCAAGCUCCAUCAGUGGUCAAAUGUCUCCCCCUAGACGCUGUACCGGGACCAGCCAAUCAAAGUCAACAAAAAUGGCUGGAGUUGUUGCUAAGCUGCCGGCAAUGGGAACCAACCUGGUGAACGCCGCCCGGCCGCGGCUGGCCACCUUCCUCAAGUACGCGCGCGUGGAGCUGACGCCUCCGAGCCCGGCCGACGUGCCGGCCAUCCAGCAGGGCCUGUCCAACCUGGUGAAGUCGGCGCGCACCGGCGCCUGGAAGAACCUCACCGUCAAGGAGGCCACCGUGAACGCCCUGGUCGGCGCCGAGGUGGUCUUCUGGUUCUUUAUCGGCGAGUGCAUCGGCAAGGGCUCGCUGGUGGGAUACCAGGUCUGAGCUCUGUGUCCGCUGACGUCUGAUUCGCGCGCCGCUGUAUGAUGAACUGAUAGAAUACAAAUGUACACAUAGA